UGGUCAGCGAUUAAUAAUACAAACAAUUCUUCCUUUUCUUCAACAUUAAUGGCUUCUCUAUCGUCUGAUAAAACCAUUCAUACCUCUCUUCUCCUGAUCAGUGCUUGGAUAUGGCUGUCAUCGGUUUCUUCCUUGGCCGAGCUCCAGCAUUUUCAGCAUCCGGUAAAACCUGAUGGGUCUCUCAACAUUUUGGUGGUUGGAGACUGGGGAAGAAAAGGACGAUACAAUCAAUCUGAAGUUGCAUUUCAGAUGGGAUCGGUGGGUCAGAAACUAGACAUAGAUUUUGUGAUUUCAACAGGGGAUAACUUCUAUGAAGAUGGCCUGACUGGAGUUGAUGAUCCAGCUUUCAAUGAGUCAUUCACCGCAAUCUAUACAGCCCCAAGUUUGAACAAACAAUGGUACAAUGUUUUGGGGAACCAUGACUAUAGAGGUGAUGUUGAAGCACAAUUGAGUCACAUCCUUAGACAAAAAGACAAGAGAUGGCUUUGCUUGAGAUCAUAUACUCUCAAAGCUGAAUUUGUAGAGUUUUUCUUCGUGGAUACAACUCCAUUUGUGGACAAGUAUUUCACUCAUCCAGGGGAUGAUACCUAUGACUGGAAAGGCGUCUAUCCCAGGGAAUAUUAUCUUUCAAAUCUCCUCAAGGACAUGGAUGAAGCAUUAAAGAAAUCUAAUGCACAAUGGAAGAUAGUGGUUGGACACCAUACAAUCAAAAGCGCAGGAAACCAUGGUGUCACCGAAGAGCUGGUUGAACAACUUGUACCAAUCCUUGAAGCAAAUACUGUAGACAUGUACAUUAACGGCCACGAUCACUGCUUGGAACACAUCAUUGAAAGUAACAGUCAAAUUCAAUAUUUAACUACUGGUGGUGGCUCAAAGGCAUGGAAAGGUCAAAUACACCCGUGGGAUCCAGAAGAACUCAAGUUCUACUAUGAUGGGCAAGGAUUUAUGUCAAUGCAAAUAACUCAAAAAAGUGUUUAUAUCGCCUUCUAUGAUAUUUUUGGCAGAGUUUUGCAUGCAUGGAAUAUCUCCAAAGAGCAGUAUUCAUCUGCUUAGUUAGAGAAAUUCACUAAAUGUAUAAAUCAGAAGGUUGUUGUAGAUAAAUUGCUUACUGAUCUUCAAGUGCUGCAAUUUCAGGCGGUGGGGUGACAAUGAAAUAUAAUAGUCAUUAUAUAGGUGUGCAAAAAAAGACUAAUAUGUAUAGAGAAUAAUUGCCUCUGAAUACAAUA